GCGGGCGCGGGUGCGGGCGCGGGCGCGCGAGGCGGGCCAUGAUCGCGUCUUGCUUGUGUUACCUGCUGCUGCCGGUCGCGCGCCUCUUCCGCGCCCUCACAGAUGCUUUCUUCGCAUGUCGGAAAAAUGCUCUCCUGGCGAAGAGCACGGCCCCCCAGCUAGAGGGCGACUUUGCCAUGGCCCCUCGGGGCACGGACCAGGAGGAGUGUGAGGGCCUGCUGCAGCAGUGGCGAGAAGAAGGGGCGAGCCCGGUGCUCUCAGCGGCCAGCGAGGGCCCCCUCGCGGACAAGGGGCUGGCGCAGAGCAGCCUGGCUCUCCUGAUGGAUAAUCCUGGGGAACACGACGCUGUGUCAGAGGACAAGUGGUCCAGUAGGCAGCUGAGUGACCUGCGGGCAGCGGAGAGCCUGGAGGAGCCUUUCCCCGAGGUGCUAGAAGAGGAGCCACUGCCAGAGGCUGGGGGCCCCCUGUGGACUGCCGUCCCCAUGCAGACAGGCCCCCAGUACGUGGACUGUGCUGUCCUCCCCAUGGGUGCCCCCGCCGCUGAGCAGUGGGAAGAGGACCCCGCGGUGGUGGCCUGGAGCAUUGCCCCUGAGCCUCUGCCCCAGGAGGAGGCCACCAUUUGGCCCUUUGAUGGCCUGGGACAGCUACAGCCUCCCCCGAUGGAAAUACCGUAUCACGAAAUCCUGUGGCGCGAGUGGGAGGAUUUCUCCACGCAGCCAGAGCCGCAGGGCCUGGAGGCAGGGGACGGCCCUCAGUUCCAGUUCACUCUGAUGUCCUACAACAUCCUGGCCCAGGACCUGAUGCAGCAGAGCGCGGAGCUCUACCUGCACUGCCACCCGGACAUCCUCAGCUGGAGCUACCGCUUCGCCAACAUCAUGCAGGAGUUCCAGCACUGGGACCCCGACAUCCUGUGUCUCCAGGAAGUCCAGGAAGAUCACUACUGGGAGCAGCUGGAGCCCUCGCUGCGAAUGAUGGGCUUUACCUGUUUCUACAAGAGGAGGACGGGGUGUAAAACAGAUGGCUGUGCCGUCUGCUACAAGCCAACCAGGUUCCGUCUGCUCUGUGCCAGCCCUGUGGAGUACUUCCGGCCAGGCCUGGAGCUCCUGAAUCGGGACAACGUGGGCUUGGUGCUGCUGCUGCAGCCGCUGGUCCCGGAAGGCCUAGGGCCGGUCUCAGUGGCCCCGCUGUGCGUGGCAAAUACCCACGUCCUGUACAACCCACGCCGCGGCGACGUGAAGCUGGCCCAGAUGGCCAUUCUCCUGGCCGAGGUGGACAAGGUGGCCAGGCUGUCAGACGGCAGCCACUGCCCUAUCAUCUUGUGCGGGGACCUGAACUCUGUGCCUGAUUCGCCGCUCUACAACUUCAUCAGGGACGGGGAGCUGCAGUACCACGGGAUGCCAGCCUGGAAGGUGUCCGGGCAGGAGGACUUCUCCCACCAGCUUUACCAGCGGAAGCUGCAGGCCCCGCUGUGGCCCAGCUCCCUGGGCAUCACGGAUUGCUGUCAGUAUGUCACCUCCUGCCACCCCAAGCGAGCAGAGAGACUGAAGUACGGCCGGGACUUCCUGCUGCGAUUCCGCUUCUGCAGCGUCGCCUGUCGGCGCCCGGCAGGGCUGGUUUUCAUGGAGGGCGUGACGGACACGAAGCCAGAGCGACCAGCUGGCUGGGCCGAGGCUGUCCUUGAGGAAGACACAUCUGACCUUGAGCCUGUCUUCCCCAGGACCGCAGGCACCAUCCAGCACUGCCUCCACCUGACCUCAGUGUACACCCAUUUCCUGCCCCAGCAUGGCCGCCCAGAGGUCACCACCAUGCCCUUGGGCCUGGGGACAACAGUGGACUACAUCUUCUUCUCGGCGGAGCCCUACGAGAGUGGGAACAGGACUGACCCCAGGCUGUAUCGAGAUGGGACUCUCAAGCUGCUGGGCCGCCUCUCCCUGCUCUCGGAAGAGAUCCUGUGGGCUGCCAACGGCUUACCCAACCCCUUCUGCUCCUCUGACCACCUCUGCCUGCUGGCCAGCUUUGGGAUGGAAGUCAGCGCCCCCUGAUGGGCUCCCAGGGGAAGAGAGCGUCUCUUCCAGAAGAGCUCAGUGGAUCAGAGACUGGAAAUACCCCUGCUUCUGGAAGCUUAGAGCCGAGAAACUCAUGUCCCCUCCCUCCCCUGCUGGUCCCUUCUUCCCACCGUUAGGUUCGCUCCGGGCCUGCCCCCAGCCUCUUCCUGAUCCUGUGCCGCCCACUCACUGGUGGCCCCGGAGAGGCACAGGGGGCCCCUUCCUUCCAUGUAUCCAGCACUCUGCCUUGAUUGUUAAUUACCAGGGUUGCGGGAGUUCUAGAUCUCACUGGUUAUUUGCUUCCAGGCUGUUUCUCGGGCGCUCCUCCUGACCGACCUGCUCCCUGCCUGCGCGGCCCCCGGCCCAGCCUCUUGGCAGGCGUGCGUGUGCGAGCUGCUGCAUGUGUCAUGUGUCCGUGCUCAUGGGGCAGGGGGCCGCCCACACGGGUCUUCUUGCCCGUGCCCAGCCCACUUUCUGUGCCAGGGCCACAGCCCGGGGGCAGGAUGAGAGCGUGUCGCAGGGGCCAGGACCGGGGCCCUUCUUCCUCUCCUCCUGGGCUCUGUGAGGCGUGUGUCCUGCCAGCCAGGCCAGGCUCGUCUGGGCUCUGGGAAGGAGGGCCCCAGGGCCUGGAGCAGCGCGUUCAGGGGUGCACCUGCUCACAACUCCGCACGGCCCUGAGAGAGGCGGAAGUAGAAACCCCGUGUGGAGUUGGGUGGGCCGAGGCAGUGCCUGAGGUGUCCGACUCUUUGAGGAUGAGGAGGAAGAACCCCCAGGACACUUGUCUCACUGGCUGCAGCCUGCAGGAGCGGAAGGGCAGGUGGGCCCUGCUGCACUCUGCCAGGGCUAUGGUGCUUCCCCUGCACACCGGGGCCUGGUGCCCGCCCCCUCCUCCCGCCACUCUGCGCUGCCUCCUGCCGUUCACGUCUGCUUUCUCCAGCGGAGCUGCUUUAGCUGAGGCUCAGCUGGCUCAGCGGAAGGGUGGCCUGGGGUGGAACCAGGACCUUGAGGCCUGCUCUGUCCAGCAGGCCUCGGCUGCUCGGUGCUGCUGCUGUGUUCCCUCCCCUGACCCAGGGGUGCUCCCUACUUGCCCCUCCUCACACCCCUGACCCAACCUCGCCGCGGGCCCUGCUUGCUCUUACAGCUGCCAGCCCGGCCUCUGUGAUGGACUGAAGAGAAUGGCCAAGGGCCUGAGUCAGGGGCAGCACGCCGGAAGUUAUCGUGCGUUCCUUUCUUUGAAAGCCAAAGACCCGGCUUGAAUUCUGCCGCAUUCGUGGUUCUGAGAUUUCCAUACCUCGGUUCUGGGGAAUUUGUUUUUCCGGGGAAUUUAUUUUUCUGCGUAUGUGUAUCUUUCAGUUUUGUUUCCUAGGGAAUAGGCACGUGCCUGUCUGAGCCCCAGGCCUGUCUGUCCACAGCGCCCCCUUCACUCUGUCCCCAACACCUCCUGAAGCGGCCUCCAGACGGUGCCUCUCGCUUCUUAGAACGGGGGCCCAGCCCAGGAGAGACAGCCUGGAAACGGCUAACGGUGGCGGAGGACAGGAGCUGAGACAUGCUUUAGUUUGCUUGUUUUGUUUUGGAAAUGAAAUAGGGGUUUUCAAUGGUCAUUUAAGCUCUCUUUUUCCAAAUAAAGGUUUGCUUUUU